CAAGCGAUUGUGGUUCCCGCGCGAAACCCGUGCGAAAAGUGGAAAUAGAAAUGGAAUAAAGCGGAGGGUCGGACAGCUGGGCUAGUUGGGAAAUUUACCUAGUUGCCUUCUUGCUCCGAAACAGGAUUGCAGGAUAUCGCUUACCUGUGUAACAAUAGAGAGAGCCGAGCAGAACCCAAACACACACGUCGUCCCUUGCACAUGCAAGCGCUUUGGCCGUCAGCUUGUCCCUGCAGGGAGCGUCCGUGUGGCUGGAAUCCGUUGUUGUUGUCUCCCUUUCACAAGGAAUCGGAUCGGAUCGGAGGAAAACCACCCCUACUGCGAUCGCAGUCGCCUUUCGCAUUCUGCCGCCAAUUUCCACCAGCCCUGCGCUCAGUCGACGCCGAUCCAGCGCGCAAUCAACAUGGACAAUCAAUAUCGCAUCCUGGAAGCGAAUCCGAUCGAGGAGUCCAAACGGCGCCCCAAGCUGUGCCUGAAUGCCUGGUCGCAGACCUCCAGCGAGGACUUUGAGUUCGUGCGCUCUGUGGCCGCGGAUCCAUCUGUAGAGGCCGAGAACCGCGCGCUGCGCGAUAAGGUGCGCUAUUUGGAGUCUAAGCUGCAGGAACACACGGAUCUCCUGUCACAGAUACACGCCACGUCGGCCAGGAUGCAGCAGGCCUCGUUCUUGAGGGCGGAAUCGGCUCCACCGACACCACCCACAGUGCAAAGCCACCAGAUCCUGACGCCGCCCAGCUCGGUUAUAUGUGCGCCCGCCCAGAAUACGCAGCAGCCAAGGGCCGAGAUCCUUGACUACAAAAUCAUAUCGGCCUCCGACGACGCCGACGCCAUUGAGAUUCGCCUGGCGGCGGAGAGUUUGAACAGUCUGAGCACCUCCGCUGACUCCGAUCGCCUGGAGAUCUGUUUGGGUGAGGAGCAGCAGCAGAGUCAUCAUCAGAAACAGCAGUCAGUUUCCCACCAGUACAUGAUUGGCACGGGGGUCAAGAGGGAAGAGGCGGACUCCCCAAACCAGCCCUUGCAGUUCAUCAAGCGACGCAAGCUGCAGGAGAUUCAGGUAUCCGAGCAGCACGACGAAAGCCUCCUGCGACAGAAUUACGGCAACAAGAUGCCAUUAAAAUCACCGGGUAAUGUCAAAGUCCGAAACGGCAGCCUCACCGAUCUCAGCAAAGGCGGCCAGUCCAAGGACAACGUGAUGGUGUCCAUUGGCCCAAACAAUACCUGUGUCCCCGCCAGCGUCUUCGAGAACAUCAACUGGGCGGUCUCAUCGCUGGCCACCAGAAAGCUGCUCGUCUCGAUCUUCGACCGGGAAACCCUGGGAACACACUCGAUGACGGGCAAGCCGUCGCCCGCCUUCAAGGACCAGCAGAAGCCGCUCAAGCAAAUGCUCGAUCCCCUCAAGAUCCAGGAUAUCAUCUUUGCGGUGACGCACAAGUGCAAUGCCACCGAAAAGGAGGUGCGCAACGCCAUCACCACCAAGUGCGCCGACGAGAACAAAAUGAUGAAGAUCCAGAACGGCAAGCGACGGAGUGCCGGCCUCAAACCCGAAAAGGAGAAUAUGUUUUAGCACUUAGCUCUUAGUACUUAGUUUUAUGAUUAAGAUUAACCAAAAACAGCGUAGAUCAACGACGCACUAACUCAUCCAGAUAAUAGCCAAUAGAUAUAGAACCUAAUGCUACAUCGAAACUGUAUAUGUAUAUAGAAUACAUAUUUAUGAAGAUCUCGAAGAUGUCUAUACCAAUUCGUUACCAA